GUGUAUCAUAAUAUAAUGUGGAGGUUACAUUUUUUAUUAUGCGCUUUCUGUUUGUGCAAUUAUUUAAAAGGUGGAAUGUCUUUACGCCUCGUCGAACUACGAAUUCCAAGCCAUGCCGUACGAAAUCAAAGCGCGCGUCUUGAGUGCCACUUCGACCUGGACGGCGAGACAUUGUACUCCGUCAAAUGGUACAAGGACGGAAAUGAAUUCUAUCGGUUUGUUCCUCGUAAUAUGCCACCUGUCCAAGUCUUCCAACUGAAUGGUGUCACGGUCGAUUUGCACAACUCUACGGAAAAUCAAGUUGUGUUGUCUUCCGUUCAGCUUACAACGACUGGAGUUUAUCGCUGCGAGGUCUCCGGAGAGGCACCCUCUUUUCAAACUGUUACCGAGCACGGACAUAUGAUGGUUGUCGCCCUUCCAGAGGAGGGACCGCGGAUAACGGGCGGAAAACCUCGCUAUCAGACCGGAGACACCGUACGAGUGAACUGCACUUCGGGACGUUCGAAGCCCGCCGCCCUCCUCAACUGGUUCAUUAACGGCGAACAAGCCGACCCGAGCUUUUUACACGGCCCCGAAACUAUAAUCACGGGAAGAGAGGGCCUCGAAACCUCGAUUUUGGGAUUGGAAUUCGUCGUGAAACAGAAACAUUUUCGGAGAGGCGACAUGAAACUGAAAUGUUCAGCGACGAUCGCCACAAUUUAUUGGCGUAGCAAUGAAGAAUCCGUUGAGGGUGAAAGGCCGCCCAGGGCUUCGGUGCUUGAGAGUCGCGGAACUGUUGCACCGGCCGGUUCGAGAGCCGAUCGGGUUCAGGCAGCUGGAAGCCACACCACCAUCCUUCCCCGUGUCCCCAUUUUAGCAUUGUGCUCCUUUGUAGUAAUGGCACUGUCAUUAAGGUAACUAUGCUGCCCGUGUCGAGUAUUAAAGUGAAAGCCAAAGACAUAAGUGAAUGAUGGUUUUUACAAUAGUUUUUCACGUACAUUCCUCAUUGUGAAUUAAUCCUUGUUUUGCUUGUGGGUCAACGGUUUUUGGAUUUCGUUAUAACUGCGGGCUUUUGUUUCAUUUUUUUUUUAUUUGUACUGUAUAAACCGCCAAUUGUGCAAGAAAGUGUAAAAGCUUAUUGUAUUUUUGAAAAUUCGUUUUACUAGGUAGUUUCAAAUGGCACUAAUAUUUUGGAAUUAACUAGCUUUCAUGAUUUAAUGUGUACAUAUAACUCAAAUUACGAAAAAGUGGUCUAUGUUUGUAAUAAAAUAAAAAAAAAAAACAACAAUCAAAACAUUGUCUAGUCGUACUUUUCUGACCCAGUGCGUCGUCUGACCUCUCGCGAUUUUUAACCAAAACGUUCCUUUACGACUUUGUUUGCCAUUCACGUAGUGCUUCCUCGUAGUACUUGCAAAGUAUUUUUUUACAAAAGGCGAGAGGUUCGGCAAACGCUUAUUACUAAGUCGUCACAAAAUUAGUCUUAAUUUAAUCUUUCGUACACUCGAUGAUAAUAACUUUAGGUAAUUUAAUAUGUGAUGUUACUAAAAUUGUAUAAAAAAUUAUCUAGUCUUCAUCAUAAUAGGUAUCGACUUAUUCAUGAAACUUUUCAGAAUGUUUAUAGAUAGUUUUCAUAUUAUUCACUGAAAAGCUAUAACUGUACAGGCGUCAAAGCGUAAACGCAAAUAUUAGCAAAGCUCAUGUCAGAAGUCCACGCAUAUCCCUCGACAUAUCCCCGUAAUUCAUCCCCAGUCUCUGACUAGAGCGGUGCGCUAUUUGCACGCUUCGCUUCUCUUUUAAUGUAAAUACUAAAAAAAAAUCCCUGUGAUCGAGAAUACUUAUACAAUUAUUUGUUAAUUAAUGUAAGAUGUAACUCUAUGUAAGUUAAACUAAAAAUCGGUUUAUGUUUGGGAAAAGUUUAAAGAGGAAAGUGAGUUUUAUUUGGCUAAGGUUUGAUUAUUUCUGUGAAUUUAUAAAUUAUGUAAAUAAUAUUGUAAGAAGUAUUUAAGGAAGGCAAAUCGUAUUAUAUUAUAAUCAUGGAAUUCAAACCGAAAUUAAGUAGAAUAUAACAGAGAAAUUAGUGAGUUUGUCAAUGAAAAAGUGAGACACUGGUAGCUUUUAUUAUGUUAUUCGGUUUGAAUUCAAGAUCCUAAACUUACAUUCAACUUGUAUGUAUUUUAUUUUAAAAAUAACAUCCAAAAAUCUAA